UGAUACCAGUAGCAAAAACAGAUAUGAAAAGUCGUUUGGAGACACACCCAGAAAUAUACGACAUUCUAGCAAUGUCCAAAUGUAUACUUGUUGACCACACCGUGGACAGAUUUCAGAAAACGAUGGAAGUACAGUUUACCAUGGACAACGUCAUAUCCGUUGAUCCGGACGAUCCUAACUAUGAGCUUGCUUUCUUUUACUGGGAAAAUGGAAUUGCGAAGAGAGCAUCUGGAAAAAAUAUCAAAAGGAAAAAUGGAAAUUAUUUAGUCGAGGUUGACCAUUUCAGCGGUGUGUCAUGUGCACUCGUCAGAAGGAAUGCUAAAAUGUCCCCUUUGGAACCUUACCUUGUCUACGGAAUGAUCCAUACAUGUACCUUGCUCAUCUUUAUCAAAAGACGGAAAGAGGAUAUGUUAUCUCUUUGGUGCGAAUGUGCUAAACGUGAAAUGGCAAGAACUGUCGCGGAGAAAAGAAUCAAAGACCACGACCUGGAAGAAAUUGAUUGUAGUCAUUCAAAAGAUAUUUUUGUGCGUGAAGGUCAAAGGAUUCGAAUUGAUGUGAAUGGAUCAGUCCAGUUCGUUCGUGAAAUUCCUAAGUCAUUUUAUUUGUUGACGUUUAUUCCUGUAGCAGAAGACAAUCAUAUCUAUUUUCCUCUCCAAAAGAAUAUCCGAAUGGGCUCCGUUCCUUACGCUGUCAUCAACUUCUCUGCAGACAACCAAAAGAAGCAACUUCUUCACAGUGUUCACUUUGAUCCUUGGGUUAAAAGUGCAUCAGCUCUGAAGAAGUAUUACACUGACAUUGCCAUUUAUAAUCGACCAAAUACAUCCAAGACUGCCCACACAGACCCCGGACCAACGAAAACACCCAGAAGUCCAAGGAAAGUACGGCUACAGGUCAAUAAUGGAUUAAACACGGCUGCACAAUGUGUAAGAGAUUGGUUUGACAACGAAAAAAACUUGCUUGCCAUCGCCAAUCAGAUUCCCGUGAACAAGUUGGUCCCAUUUGGAAUUCAUCUCUGCAUUCGAUCAGAGGAUAUUAACAGACUAAAAAAAGAGUACAAAGAAAACGAAGAGGAACUCCAGUUUUUCUUUAUUAAGUUUUGGGCGAGGCGAGUGAAAUCUUACCUGAAACCAGAGGCGAGACUAGAGCAGUUGACAAAGGCAAUGAGUAGUAUUGGUCUGCAGAAACAGGCAGAGGUUGUCAAGAGAAUUUUUAAAAGUAAAGAUGAUUUGAAUUCUGAUCAUUUUAGUGAUCAAAAAGAUACUGACAAAGAAACAAGUAGCAAAUAGGUUUAAUGUACAAACCGCAAUGUGUACGUAUAUAAA